AUGAACACACCAACCAAGAUCAAGAACAUCUACAUGUGGUUCCCCUAUUUCAGGGAUUGCAUUGGGGCUAUUGAUGGUACUCAUGUCACUGCAAAGGUACCGAGAUCAAUGUCUGCAGCAUUCCGCGGGAGGAAGCACUACACCAGCCAGAACGUGCUAGCAGCUGAGGAUUUCGAUAUGAGGUUCACCUACGUGCUUGCUGGGUGGGAGGGUUCAGCUCAUGAUGCCAGCAUCCUAGCCGACAGCUUGUCAAGGCCUGAUGGGUUGCAAAUCCCUAACGGUAAGUUCUACCUAGGAGAUGCUGGAUAUGCAUGCCGACCUGGAAUUCUACCUCCCUUCAGGAAAACAAGGUACCACCUCAACGAGUUCUCUGGGAAGCAUCGACCUCUGAAAGCGAGAGAGUUGUUCAAUCUCAGACACUCAAGCCUUAGAGUCACCAUUGAGAUGGCCUUUGCUGCAUUGAAGAACAGGUUCAAGGUCCUUGACCAGAAACCGCUCCACACGUUUGACACUCAGUUAAAGCUGAUCCUUGCUUGUUGCAUUCUUCACAACUGGAUCCUAGGUUGGGGCGAGGAUGAGUUCUUCAAAGAGGUUGUCACUUUUGAUGAAGUAGAGACCGGCCAUGGCGUGGAAGCAUGCGACAAUGAUGACUGGAAAGUGAAGAGGCAAGAGUGGGCAGACGCUAUGUGGGAUGCCAGAGGCAACACCACCAUCUGA